UUUCAGAUUCAACUGCAGAGCUAGUUCAAGUUCAGAGUCUACUAUUUCGCUGGGAACGGUAAUCCUGGUUAUCUUUCUUCAUUUUCAUUCACAUCGCUUGUCCUUAGAGUUCGAGUAACAAUCUACCUGUGUUGAUGAGCAAUCACUACCUUAUGUGCAGAGCCUGGAGUACUCUGCGCAGAGCGGCUGUUGCACCGCGCAAGAAUUCUCAUGCCCGGCAAGCACAUGCACACGAGUUGUGACACUACAAAGUGAAGUUCACAAAUUUUGGAUCCGGCCCUUCUCUUCCGUUCGCUCAAUCGAAGCAGCAAACGUUUCCUUCUCUGUGAGUGAGGGUGGAGAAGAGAAUGGAAGGUGCAGGUGCGUCCAUCGUCAGUCGUGCGUCCAUCGCUAUUGAAGUUACGACACGGAAAAUGGACUCGUCAAAGGAGGAACCAGAGCUUCCUCGCAAGUUCGAGGACAUUAUACAGCGUCUGGAAGGAAAAGGCGAGCCUAUAACGAGGCUUCCAUAUUUAUUCGGAAAGUUCUUUCCGUAUUGUGCAUCGCUCUCGACGCUCUGGAUGGGAGGGGUGCGUCUUCGAGUGCUGGAGGCAAUCGGCAACUGCAACACCUUUGAAUAUUUGGAGGUGCAAAAACUUUGUGGCGGAGAUGUAUCGAGCUUGACGGCUAGCGAGAGGGAUCUAGUUUUGAGAGGAUUGAGGUCCAGCACCGUUCUACGAGAGAUAAGCGUUGAACAUUUGAGAUGGAAUUCAGAUACGGAAGUGGAGAGCUUGUGUUUACAGCUGGGGAGAAUUCUGAGUACCUCUAGCGUAACACACUUGAAAAUCAACAGUUGCCCAUUGAGUGCCAGAUGUUUCUUGAAUCUCGCCUCAGGACUGCGAGGAAAUUCUGAUUCUAAGCUUAAAGAGUUAGAACUAAUUAAGGCGUGGGAGGACGUGAGCGCAGUGAAGCAUGUGGCUGACACGAUAAAUAGUGCUCCUCUAUUAGAAACGUUGCGUUUACGCGGCUAUCAGAACGACAUAGAGGACGAGACCGUUGGAAUCCUGUCCCAGGCUCUGAUCCAGAGUUCGUCCUUGAAAGAAUUGGAGUUAUAUGGGGUGAAGUGGGGAGCGGCAUUGUUGCUGAAAGCUUUGGCCGGAGAUGAUGGCAACCGAUCCAUCGAACGUCUUCAGCUGUGGUAUAUGGAUAGAAUCGGAGACUGUGUAGGGGAACUUCUUACUUCCAACCGAUUAUUGAAGGAAGUGAGGUUGAAUGACUUGGAGAUGAGUCCUGAGGAAUGGCACCAGCUCGGCGAAGUCAUACGUCACCAUGCUAUAGCAAUUGUAGGGAUUUCUUUAUCGAUUAAUGGAGAUGACUGGAAGUCAGUAGAAGCUCUUGCGUGCGCUGCUAGCUCUGAUGACAAGGACCCCAAAGUGGAGCUUGAACUCAGCAUUUGGAGGGGCCAUACGUUGAUGUUAUCAUUAAACCUACUGGGUAGGGUUCUGCGCGGCGAAAUCAAAUCUCUAAAAUCUUUCAGUAUACUUGCGGGUAAUACUCGCAUUUCAGCUACCAACCAAGAUAGAAUUGAAAGUAUCCUGUCCAUGAAUGGAAAAUCUGGAGAAACUUCGGUCCUGAAGAGACUGCAAUUAUUGAUUGGAAGCGAAAAUCUCUUGAAGGGAGUAUGGAAGGACCUGCUUCGGUGCUUGCGAGGGAACACAAGUCUCACUCACUUGAGUUUGUUUGAGGCCGAUCUCGACGAAGAGGCGUUCAGGGACCUGAUGAGGCUCCUGCAUGUGAACUUCACCCUCGAGGAAGUAGAUGUCUCAGGAACCUCGUGGGAAAUGGACGGAAAGGGAGCGCAGAUUCAAGAGGUCCUCAAGCUGAACAAGAAGCGGGCAAUCUAUAUGUCUGUGUUCAAAGAAGCCAAAUUACCAUUUGGAGAUGCAAAAGCUGGUAGACUCUUCUUAUGCGGCUCUACUAGAGCAGGCAAGACUCAAUUGCGUAAAACCCUUAUGAGGAUAAAUCGAGGCAAUAGCUAUGUGAGCAUAAGCAGUCUAUUGAUCAAAUGGGAGGCAUUGUGGAGAACGAAGGGAAUUGAAGUGGAGUUGUUGCAAGACAAUGACAAAAUGCAAAUCUCAGUUUGGGAUCUUGCAGGUCAAUGGAUUUUUCGUACGCUUCAAAAUGUGCUUCUCCCUCAAACCAACCAUUUUUGUGUUAUUCUUUUUGUGUAUAGUCCCUUCAGUGAGAAAACAUCUUCAAACAAACCGGAUUCUUGUUUUAGAACGGAGUUGGAGUACUGGCUGAGUUUCAUUACAUCCAGCACUAAGAUCACUGGAUAUAAUCCUCCCCAAGUUCUUGUAGUGAUUUCACACAAGGAUAAAACCAGAAUUAGCUCUUUGACUUGGGCUCACUCCAUAGUUGACAAACUCACCAAAAGAUUCUCAAAUUUUGUGGAUCUCCUCCCUAUUCAAGAGUGUUUUCAUGUUGAUGCUCAAAAAAAGAAGCAAGUUUUUCCUCUCAGAAAUUACAUUUUUGAUAAUUUUGACAAGUUGUUGAGAGAAAAAUCUCCACAAGUUCCUCAAUUGUGUUCACAGCUUGCUUCCCUCUUGGUUAAAAACACCAAGAAGAACAAAAGUUACCCUCUCUGGUCAUCCCAAAAGUUUCAAGAUUUCUGUGCUCCCAGUUUAACACAAUUUAUUUCAUCAUCUUCUACUCACUCUGUUGAUCAUUCAAGGAUAAUGGACUCUAUCAUAUCCUAUUUGAAUGACGUAGGGUCCAUCAUAUACAUCCCCAACCUUGAUUACAUCAUUGUUGAUCCAAACUGGCUCACCAAUAACUUCUUGGGUGAGCUAGUAGCUCUAGGUCAACAUUUUCAAGCUCAAGAUUCUGCUGAUAACAUGAUGUCAAAUGACUCAUAUACAAGCAAGGACGGAUUUGUGAGUGAGAGUGUCUUUGUUGGAUUGAUAGAAAAGUUUCUGGGAAAGCAAUCACAUGGACAGAGAGGUGUGGCCAGAGAGGUGCUUGAAAACAUUCUUGUCAAUUUAGAUUUGUGUUUCAAGCUAGAAGAUACUUCUCAGUAUUUCAUUCCUUCCUUCAUCCCUGAGCAUGCAAGCAUGGAAGAAAAGAAGCAUCAUGAAGGGGCGCACGUGGAGUCGAUGUAUUGGGAAAAUAGGAGUGACACUUCACAGUUUGUCGGCUGUCAGAUUCAAUGUAAGGAUGGAAGAACAAUGUCACUCACUGCUGCUUUUUUCCCACGCUUCCAGAUGUUCAUGAGACGCAAGUUGAUAUCCGAGAUGCAUGUUUCCGAGGAGACUGUGACUUGCUCUCGACAUUAUCUGCGACUUUUCCUUGAUGGACAUCAGAUAUAUGUGGAGCAUGUUCAGAGUGAAAAGUCCCACAAAUACGUAGAUGUUCUGAUGUUAUGCUCAAGGCAUAAGUCAAGGGAGGUGGCGGUUAAAUAUGUGAUGAAUCAUAUUGUCGAGGAGUUGAUAUCAUUUUGCACAUCACCGAAAGGUUGUCCCGGGGUGGAUUUAGUGCUUGGUGUGAUCCAAACUUAUUGCGUGGAGAUGUUGAUUCCGAGUUAUCUCAGAGGAGCUAUUCUGAUCGAGAAGCUGAAAUUGGACUUCAUGCGAAGCAUCGAUGACAAACUUGAUGAAAUGCCAUUGGAAAGCUCGCACUUGGUGGAGAAGGAAGAGUUGUUCCACUAUGAGCACUGUUGGCCCCAAAUUGAAAGGCAUUCAGGUGGAAUAUCUGAACAAGCUAGGGAUUUGUUGUGGGAAAGCGAUGUGGAAGCAGUUGUGAAUGAGAUUCGACAAAAACGAAUUCAACAAUUGGAGUUAUUGCAGGAGGGUCUAAUUAGCGUGGACAAUGAUUUGGCUCCGUCAAACCCUGAAGAUGAAGACAUGGUUAGCGACUCCAAUUUCUCCCAAAUGAAAGACUGCAAACCACCUACAUCCAGGUGCUUGAGUCGGGCCAGCACAAGUGUGGAAAAUCAUUUGACCCAACUUGUUUUGUGGAAGAUAGAUCAGCUAGUAAAAAAGGUUGAUGAUUUGGAUGAGAGGUUGAGAUUAGUGCACAGCAUUAUGGAGAGAUUGGAGAUGAAGAUGGGACAGAUACUCUCUUUGCAGCAAGAACUCCAGUCAACUACGAGUGAUUUCAUGUCUAAAUUGGACAGGAGAAUUGAGUAUUCGCAAGUGCUUCAGCAGGCCAGAACGCCCAAGCGACCUUACAUUACGGACAAUGUUGGACUUUUCUACAAGAUGAGUGCACUUCUUCAUGUCGGUACAACCGUUCGCUUACAUUUGAUGUGUGAAUAUGUGACUGGAUUUCACCCGGUAAAAGAUCAAGAAGGUUUGAAGAUACGGUUGGAUCGGCAGAACUGCUCCUGGAUUCGUAAUACUAUUGAAAUCUCAUACAAAGUGAUGUAUUAUGGUGUGAAGGCUGGACUAGAGAAGACGAUGGGGUUGGGCCAAGCGAUUCCGGAGUGGGAAGAUUUAAAAUCUGAUAUUGUUCAACUAGACGGUAUAAGUGAUGAUGAUCGUAGGGCAGUUCUAAAAGGUGGGGAAAGCAAGGAGCUGCAAGAGGCUUGGUUGAGGAUUCAGCAAACUCUUGCGCCUCAGCUUCAGAAUCGCUAUUCCGAAAUCUUCAAGUUGUAUCAGGUGAAAUACGUGAGUUUAGAAAAAAGUGGGAAUGCAUGGGUGUGCGAGAAGUGCAUGAAUAAAGGCCUUCGUUGUGGAAUUUUGACAAGUUAGGAUUUUGAAGAGGUUAGAAUGCCAUUAUUCAUUGUACAAGCACAUGUUCAGACCUUCAUGCCAUAUAAAACUCUCCAAAAUCUUCCAUACAAUUU